AUGACCCGAAACUUCUUUGUCGGUGGCAACUGGAAGAUGAAUGGCUCCAAAGCCACCAUCGAUACCAUAACCGACGGGCUCAAUGCUACCAAGGUUCCUGAAGGCGUCCAAGUCGUCUGUGGAGCACCAGAUGUCUACCUCACCUAUGCCCAGUCGAAAAUCACCAACGCCAGCGUUCAGGUUGCUGCUCAGAACUGCUACAAAGAAGCCAAGGGUGCUUUCACCGGAGAGACUUCUGCUGAUUUCUUGAAGGAUUUGGGAGUCAACUGGGUCAUCCUCGGCCACUCCGAGCGACGACAUGUCUUCGGCGAGUCCGACGAACUCAUUGGCGAGAAGUGUAAGAAAGCCCUCGCCACUGGACUCAACAUCAUUCCAUGCAUCGGAGAACAGCUUGAAGAACGAGAAGCUGGCAAGACCGAAGAAGUCGUUUUCAACCAGAUGAAGUUCAUCAAGGACAACGUCGAUGACUGGAGCAAGGUCGUUAUCGCUUACGAGCCAGUCUGGGCUAUCGGAACCGGCAAGGUCGCUACUCCCGAGCAGGCGCAAGACAUCCACGAGAAGCUCCGAGCCUGGCUCAAGGCUGAAGUAUCCCAGGAAGUCGCUGAUUCCGUUCGAAUCCUCUACGGUGGUUCCGUCAACGGCAAGAACUGCAAAGAACUCGCGGCCAAGCCCGACAUCGAUGGAUUCCUCGUUGGCGGUGCUUCCCUCAAGCCCGAAUUCUCCGAUAUCAUCCGAGCCCGGGAAUAA